CGUCCCUUUAAAAGCCGGCUGCCUAAGCAGUGCUUCUCAUUGCUGCUCCGAGAUUCCGAGGAUUCCCAGAAAAGCCACGGAGAUUUCCUUUUGCCGUCAGUAUUUUCGUUGAUCGAAAAUUUUCUUGCCUCGGUGGAAUGUUCUAUUCGGACAUUCUGAGAGAAAGCCGACAGCAGCAGAUGGAUAUCCGAGAGGCCGCCUCUCUGCGCCAGCAGAGGCGGAUGAAACAAGCCAUUCAGUUCAUCCAUAAAGACUCGAUGGAUCUCCUGCCCCUCGACGGCCUCAAGAAACUGGGCACAUCCAAAGAAACCCAACCACACAACAUUUUACAGAGACGCUUGUUAGAAAGCAACUUGUCUAAACUUCGAGCAAACAACCGAGGGACAUGGCCUUCUAAUAAUUCAUUUCCGAUGCAGAGCAAUAGCUUCCAUCAGGUUAAACAGGAAUUUCACAGAACUCAGGAUGAUGAUCUGAUAUUUGUGUGUUGCAAGUGUGCUGGAUUAGAGAUGAAAUUACAGAUUGACACCGGCUCUCAAAAUAAUCUCAUUUCAUCUGCCUGUGUGGAUAAACUAGGGCUGAAGGAAUAUGUGAAAACAGACAGGAAUGAAAUGCAAAAAAUGGGAAUGCCCUUUCUGUCAAAGGUUAUUGGCCAAAUGGACAACAUUGCAAUUUCUGUAGGGCAACUGAAUAUUAAGUGUUCAGCAGUUGUUGUGGAUGAUGAUAAGAAAAUUCUAUCUAUUGGAUUGCAGACACUGAGAUCUUUGAAGUGCAUAAUAGACAUGGAAAAACAAUAUUUAAUUCUUGGAGAGAAGGAGAAAGAGGAGAUUCCAUUUCUGAAUGCUGAGGGCUGUUUGAAUGAAGAUGGGUAAGUGCCAUGAAAGUAAUUUAGCUACAUUUAGUCUAGAUUGUUUAAAUGUAAAACCUUUUGCUGAACGUAUUCUAUAUUUAUAUGAAGGAUAAAUGUAUUUCUAGGAUCAGAUAUUUGGAAGACUUUUUGCUAGAUGAAGAGGAUGUGAAUUAAUUAAAUAAUCCAAA